AUGAUCCUCCCUGGCCUCGAAAUCGCAUCUCGCAACCUAGUCCGCAAUAUCCGGCUAGCCCAACAACAACCAUGCGGGAUUGAUCUAACUCUCAAUAAGAUAUCGAAGUGGAAUUCCGCCGCAAUUCUAGACUUUGACAACACCAAGCGCAAGCCAGCCAAAGUAUCCAGCCUGCCAUUCAACGAAACAAUCACACUCCAGCCAGGAGCAUACCUGGUGGAAUUCAACGAAACGGUUAAAAUCCCGUUAAAUUGCAUGGCGAGUGUGUUUCCUCGAUCAUCACUGUGGAGAUCUGGGGUGGAUAUCUCUUCUGGGGUUGUUGAUGCUGGGUAUGAGGGUGUGAUGGGGUGUUUGAUGGAUGUUAAGAAUCCGUAUGGGAUUGUGCUGUAUAGGGGUAGUAAGCUUGCACAGAUUGUGUUUGAGGAGAUGGGGAGGGAAGUUGAGGGAUAUAAGGGGAUUUAUCAGUUGUCUAGUAGUGUUGGAGGUCAACAUUAG